CUGACGGGGCGGCCCGAGGACCCGGAGCCGCGGCCGGACAAGGCGGAGAGGGCGCGGCGGGAGCGGCGGGAUCUGGGCGCGGGGCGCGGCGCCCCGGGGCGCGCCCUGACCUGGCAGGCGAUGGAGCAGAUGCGGUUCCUGCGACAGGAGCUGCCCGAGGAGUGGCCGCCGGAGCGCCUGGCGCGGGGCUUCGGGGUGAGCCCCGAGGUGGUGCGGCGGGUGCUGCGGGGACGGGGUUGCCCCCCGCUGCGCCGCCGGCAGCGCCAGGACCAGCGGGUGCGGAGCGCGGCGGGAUGGGCUCCAGGAUGGGCGGAGUCCGGCCGCGAGGUGCGUGCCCCGGACGGGUCGCUGUUGUACCGGGUACCGGGACCCGGCCCGCAAUAAAGGAACGGACUGGCCCCGCCUCCUCCCGCGCUGCUUCCGCCAUGGGCUCCGAGGCAGCCAGGCUGCUCGAGGCGGCGGCCUUCGCGGCCGGGAAGCACCGCGGACAGCGGCGGAAGGACCCUGAGGGCACCCCCUACAUCAACCACCCCCUCGGCGUAGCCAGGAUCCUGGCGCAGGAGGCUGGUGUGACUGACAUCGUGGUGCUGCAGGCCGCCCUCCUGCACGACACGGUGGAGGACACGGACACAACCCUGCCCGAGCUGGAGGAGCGGUUUGGGGCAGCGGUGCGGAGCGUGGUGGCGGAGGUGACUGAGGACAAGGCGCUGCCGCGGGCUGAGCGCAAGCGGCUCCAGGUGGAGCAGGCGCCAGGCUGCAGCCCUCAGGCCAAGCUGGUGAAGCUGGCAGACAUGCUGGACAACUUGCGGGAUCUGAACCGCUGCACCCCGCAAGGGUGGUCGCAGCAACGCGUGCACGAGUAUUUCCAGUGGGCGGCGCGGGUGGCGGCCGGGCUGCGCGGGACGAGCGCCCCGCUGGAGGCGGCGCUGCAGCGACUGUUCGAGGAGCGCGGCGUGGCCCUGUGACCGGCCCCAGCACCGCGCGGCCCCGGUUCAGGCAGCGCCGGCGGCCCCGGACACUUCCGGCGCGGGCAAUAAACAAGUGCGCACCGAGCGUCCAGUGUUGCCGUGGCGGCGGGCGCUUCCGGCGCGCGGUUCGGGGCGGCCCCUCGGCCCU